AUUUAUCCAAAUUAACAAUUUAUUUUCUUGAGAGAAGCAAACAUGUGCAAUCAUCAUUAAUAUUCAUCAUCUCCAUUUAUCUUUAACGUUGUAAACUUUCCUCUGUUCCUUUAUUGUCCCUGUCAAUGGCGGAAAUAAUUGUAUCUCCUCUGCUACAGGUGGUCUUCGACAAGUUGGCCAGUCCUUUACUAGAAGAGAUUGCUAACAGACUUGGCCUCAAGAAAGAGGUCAGGAAGCUUCAACGAACCUUGUACGUAAUACAAGCAGUGCUUGCAGAUGCAGAAGAGCAGCAAAUGAGUAAUAGAGCUCUGAGAAUUUGGCUAACUGAGCUCAAGGAAGUUGCUUACGAGAUGGAAGAUUUGCUUGAUGAGUUUUCUCUUGAAGCUAUGCAAUCUAGGAAUCAGGGUGGCUUUGCUGAACAGGUACGCUCCUUUUUACCUUCUCUGGUACAAGAAGCAGCAGGUUGUUUCGAUUUGUUACCUAGAUUAAAGCAGAUCAAGGAGACAUUGGAAUUUUUAGCAGAACAGAAGUCUAGUUUCAAUUUGAGAGAUGCUAAUAUAGGUAGCAGAAGAAGAGGGAGAAGGCAAACUGGGUCAUUAGUCGUUGAAUCAGAAGUUUUUGGGAGAGAGGAGGAUAAAAGUAGGAUAAUAGAUCAAUUGCUUUCAAGCAAUAAUGCAACUUUGGGGGAUAUCUCAGUUGUUUCCAUUGUUGGUUUAGGUGGUCUUGGUAAGACAACGCUUGCUCAGUUAGUCUACAACAAUGACAUGGUAGCAACACAUUUUGAUUUAAAGAUCUGGGUCUGUGUCAGUGAUGAUUUUGAUGUAGGAAAAAUUAUGAUCUCAAUCAUUGAAUCUGCCAGCAAAAAUAAAUGUGACAUCUUUGGGAUGGAUGUAUUGCAGUUUCGACUACAAGAACUACUACUGGGGAAGAGAUACUUGAUUGUGUUGGACGAUGUGUGGAAUGAAGAUGACAGUGAAUGGGAAAAGUUAAUGAUGUCAAUGAGAAGUGGUGUGGAGGGAAGUAGUAUCAUCGUCACUACACGUAGUAAAAAGGUGGCAUUGAUGAUGGGAUCAGCUUACAUACAUCAGUUGGAAGGUCUAACUGAUAAUGAUUGCUGGGCUUUGUUCAAGCAACGAGCUUUUGGCAAUAAUGAAGAAGAUCACCAGAACUUGAUUCCAAUUGGUAGGCAAAUUGUGAGGAAGUGUGGAGGUGUCCCUUUAGCUGCAAAGACUCUAGGAAGCCUAAUGCGCUUCAAAAGGGAAGAAAGAGAUUGGUUGGUUGUCCAGGAGAGUGACCUUUGGGAAGUAUCUCAUAGUGAAAAUGGAAUUUUACCUGCCCUAAGAUUGAGUUACAGUCAUAUGCCAUCACAUCUGAAAGCCUGCUUUGCUUAUUGCUCGAUACUUCCGAAGAACUACAUAAUCAAGAAGGAGAAAUUGAUCCAGCUCUGGAUUGCAGGAGGUUUAAUUCAAUCGCGAGAAGGAAGAAAGUCACUGGAAUUUAUUGGAAAUGAAUAUUUUGAUGAUUUAGUGUGGAUGUUUUUCUUUCAAGAUAUUCAUAAGAGUGACAAUGGCAAUAUAAUUGAGUGUAAAAUCCAUGAUCUCAUUCACGAUCUUGCACGAUCAAUAGUGGGAAAUGAAUUCAGUAUGCUGGAGCAUGAUAAUGUAACAGAAGAUUUAUUCCAAACUCGCCAUUCAUCAGUGGUUUGUAAUUUCAGCUUCUAUACAAUUCCAGAACUUUUGUAUGAAGCAACAAAAUUGCGAACCCUCAUCUUAUUGCUCCCGAAAGGUGACCUUGGCGAACUCCCUUCUAGGAUCUUUUCAAGUUUUAGGUAUUUGCGGGUCCUUGAUUUAAGCGGCAGCGGGAUAAAAAAGCUGCAGGAUUCAAUUUCCUCCUUCAUAUUUUUGAGAUAUCUUGACAUCUCUAACACCCAUAUAGAAUAUUUGCCUGAAAAUGUUUGCGGUCUUUGCAAUUUACAGGUGUUGAACCUUUCUGGUUGCUAUAAUCUCAUCGAAUUACCCGGUGGCAUGGCCAAAAUGUAUAGACUGAGACAUUUGAUACUAAAUGGCUGUGAGAGAUUAACCAAAAUGCCAGCUUGGAUAGGAAAACUUCAGCAUCUUCAGACGUUGUCGAUGUUUAUUGUGGGAAGGGAAGUAGGUCAACACCUUAACCAACUGCAAAAUCUAAACCUGGGUGGAGAACUUUACAUCAGACAAUUAGAGAAUGUGAGAGAUGCAGCAUAUGCAAUGGAAGCUGACUUGGCAGCAAAGCGCAACAUUCAGUCAUUGACUCUAUGUUGGGAAAACGAUAUUAAUGGUCUAAAUGGGAAUGUUGCCAAUAAUGAUAUGCUAGAAGAAGUGCUCAAUCACCUCCAACCGCAUAAAUAUCUGAAAAAGUUAACCAUAAAAGGGUACCAAGGAAUCCGUUUGCCUAGAUGGAUGAGUGUUCACAAACUUCCAAAUAUAAGUGAACUCAGCUUGAUAAACUGCCGGAGAUGUGAAUAUCUCCCUAUUUUGGGUCAACUUAUCUUCCUUAAGGUCCUGUACUUACAAGGGAUGGAUGCAGUGAAGAACAUCGGAAGAGAAUUCUAUGGUGAUGUCACUGGAACACUGUUUCCGUCAUUGACAGAGCUAACACUCGUAGAUUUUCCUACUUUAGAAUCUUGGUGGAGUUUCAACAGGAAAGAAGAAUUCCCUUCUUUGGUCAAGUUGACACUCAUCAAAUGUUUCAGGUUGCAAAAUCUGCCAUGCUUCCCAUCUCUUCAUCACCUGGAGUUACGCAGCUGCAAUGAGAUGGUGUUGCGGUCAGCAUCCAACCUAACUUCCCUAAACAUCCUUAUCAUUGAUGAUUUUGCAGGGCAGUUGGUCUUCUUGGAAAAUUUGCUCAAAAACAAUGCUCUUCUCAUGUGUCUUGGGAUUAGCUCUUGCCCAAAGCUUCAAUCAAUCCCUCCAAGUUUGGGAAAACUCAUCAAACUUAAAUCAUUAGCUAUACGCUGGUGUGAAGAGCUACAUUCAUUACCUCAAGGAUUGCAAAACCUCUCUUCCUUGGAGUCUCUGGAGAUAAUUGAAUGCCCUAGUCUUAUUUCCUUGCCGGAGGAUAUACAAGGCCUGCGCUCUCUUCGAUCAUUAUCAAUUGAGAACUGCAGUAAUCUUAAGUCCUUACCAAUAGAGUUGCAAUUUCUGACAGCCCUUGAGCACUUAACGAUAAUGUACUGUUCAAAUUUGGCUUCUCUACCUGAGAGUUUCCAGCAUCUGUCCAAUCUCAAGAGUUUAUCAAUUUUGAACUGUCCAGAGCUGAAAUGUCUUCCGGAGGGGUUACAAUAUGUCACCUCACUGCAGAAUCUAGAAAUUCGUAGCUGCCACGGUCUGGUGGCUUUGCCAGCAUGGGUAGCAGAGCUUACCUCACUCAGAUCUUUAGCAUUAUCAGACUGUCCUAAUCUAACUUCCCUCCCUAUUGGUCUUCAAUCUCUUAGUUCCCUUCAGCAUUUGUCUAUUCUAGAAUGUACAACUCUGGAAGAGAGGUGCAAGAAGGAUAUGGGUGAAGAUUGGCCUAAAAUAAGCCAUGUCUUACAUGUCUAUAUAGGAGGAUCACGAGAUCUAGCGAGCAGCUCAUCUCAUUGAGAUCGAGAGCUGCAAUUGCUUACUAAUGCAGUUCUAUCAAGAUCAAUGACUUCAGCAUGUGAUGAUUGGUGUUUAUGAAGAUGAUUCUGCACAUCUCCAUCAUGCUCAAGAAUCACCUCCCCCCCCCC